AUGCUCAAUCUUAUCACCAAACUCUUUUUGAAAUGCUGGGCUGCUUUUCUAUGGGCAGCAAUUUUAAGACAGAAACUAUUCCAAUUAUUUGGGAGUGAUUUACUUCGCCCAAAUAUGGGUGAUGGUCCUUGUGGACCCAAUACCGAAAUAUAUUUUGAUUUUCAACCCGAGAAUAAUUUACCAAAAAAAAUUGAAGAAUUAGAUAAUAAGCGAUUUAUUGAGAUUGGUAAUAUUGUUUUUCCCGAAUUUUAUCACAAAAGGGAAGGAUAUUUGCCUUUGGCCGAAAAAUGUGUCGAUGCUGGGGCUGGGUUAGAACGAAUUGCCAUGGUUCUCCAAGGCAAAAAAAAUACUUUUGAAAUUGACUUAUGA